GGUGCAUAGCCCUCAGUGUGAAGACAUUAAACAGUGGUGCAGAAGGCGACUACCUAUUUUGGAAUGGGCACCACGCUACAAUCUGAAGGAAAACCUGCUCCCAGAUACCGUAUCUGGGAUAAUGUUGGCAGUUCAACAGGUGACGCAAGGGUUGGCCUUUGCUAUUCUCUCAUCUGUGCACCCAGUGUUUGGUUUAUAUGGGUCUCUAUUUCCUGCCGUCAUUUAUGCCAUAUUUGGAAUGGGACAACACGUUGCCACAGGUGGCCAUGUUUGUGCUGCAACUGGGAAGUGCCACAUUUCUGCUUACAGAACCUGUGAUCAGCGCAAUGACAACUGGGGCUGCCACUCAUGUAGUGACUUCACAAGUCAAGUAUCUCUUGGGAAUGAAAAUACCAUAUAUAUCUGGACCACUUGGAUUCUUUUAUAUUUAUGCAUAUGUCUUUGAAAACAUCAAAUCUGUUCGACUGGAAGCACUGCUCUUAUCCUUGCUGAGCAUUGUAGUCCUUGUUCUUGUUAAAGAGCUGAAUGAACAGUUUAAAAGGAAAAUUAAAGUUGUUCUUCCUGUCGAUUUAGUUUUGAUUAUUGCUGCAUCAUUUGCCUGUUAUUGUACCAAUAUGGAAAACACAUAUGGAUUGGAAGUAGUUGGUCACAUUCCAAGAGGAAUUCCUCCACCUAGAGCACCACCGAUGAACAUUCUGUCAGCAGUCAUCACUGAAGCCUUUGGAGUGGCACUUGUAGGCUACGCGGCCUCACUGGCUCUUGCUCAGGGAUCUGCCAAAAAAUUCAAAUAUUCAGUUGAUGACAACCAGGAGUUUUUGGCCCAUGGACUCAGCAAUGUGAUUUCUUCAUUUCUCUUCUGCAUCCCAAGUGCUGCUGCUAUGGGAAGGACCGCUGUCCUGUACAGCACAGGGGCGAAGACACAGGUGGCUUGUCUAAUAUCUUGCAUUUUCGUCCUUAUAGUCAUCUAUGCAAUAGGACCUCUGCUUUAUUGGCUGCCCAUGUGUGUUCUUGCAAGUAUUAUUGUUGUGGGACUGAAAGGAAUGCUAAUACAGUUCCGGGAUUUAAAAAAGUAUUGGAAUGUGGAUAAAAUUGAUUGGGGUAUCUGGGUUAGUACAUAUGUGUUUACAAUCUGCUUUGCUGCCAACGUGGGACUGUUGUUUGGUGUUGUCUGUACCAUAGCUAUAGUGAUAGGACGCUUCCCAAGGUCAAUGACUCUAAGCAUAAAAAACAUGAAAGAAAUGGAAUUUAAAGUGAAGACAGAAAUAGAUGAAGAAAUGCUGCGGCAGGUGAAAAUCAUCUCAGUAAACAACCCACUUGUUUUCCUUAAUGCCAAGAAAUUUCGUACUGAUGUAAUGAACAUCAUCCAAAAGGAAAAUGUCAAUAGCCAGGCACUUGAUGAUAUCAGCAAGUGUGAACAAAAUACGUUGCUCAAUUCUCUCUCCAAUGGCAACUGCAAUGAAGAAGCUUCGCAGCGCUGCACUAGUGAGAAGUAUUCAUUAAUCCUGGAUUGCAGUGGAUUGACCUUUUUUGACUCUUCUUCAGUCUCCAUGCUGGUUGAGAUUUACAUGGACUGCAAUAGCAGGAGUGUGGAUGUAUCAUUAGCCAAUUGCACAGCUUCCUUGAUUAAAGCAAUGAAGUACUAUGGAAACCUAGACUCAGAGAAACCAAUUUUUUUUGAAUCAGUGUCUGCUGCAAUAAGUAACAGCUAUUCAAAUAAGAAUUUGAACAAACUCUGUGACCACAGUGAACUCUGAGGCCCUGUUGUUGCAGUACACCUCUUGUCUUCAGCAGCUGCCCUGAGGAGGCCAUAUUCUGGCAUUUUGCACACCCUUUUCAUUUAGAUUCCACAGAUGGCCUCUACUACUAAGUAGGAUGUGUCUUAGUAACUGCAUAUCUACUGAUCGAGAUAUGGCAAUAGUUUUUCCUAACCUUUAUGAGUAAGCAGGUUCACUUAGUUAUUUUAUGUAAAGUCAUUGUGCAUUUAGUCUUUUAGUGUACUGAUGGGUAAACAUGAUUUGAUUUCCUUUGACUACAAUAUAUUGUGCCAUUUUAUAUCUAUUCGGUUGUAAGUUAAUUUGUAAAAGUGAUAAAUGCUUUUGUCAUAAGAGAUUUGGAACAUUUAUAACCAAAUAUUUGUAUGAUUUCAGGAUGAUUCAUAGCAUAAAAACAAUUUAGUAAAUAUACAAUUUUCCUAUUCCCUCACCCCACAAAAGCCAUUUAAACAUCAAUAAGGCUAACUAUUAGCUUAUACAAUAGAAAAAUGGAAUUACUAAAAAACUAACAAAAGCAGUUGACAAACUAGAAACCAUUGAUCUUUAUACCCUUCAAUACAUCCUUUCAUGAAGUAUUCCAAUAAGGCUUUCCCAUUUAGAAGAAAACUGGUAUCCCAAUAAAAGCAAAUCUUUGAUCCAAAUUAAUUUUGCUAUGAGUAAUGCAAAUGCUUAGAUCUUCAGUCCAGAUAAUUCUAGUCUCCACAUUCUUUGUUUUCUGCUCAAGUAUUUUUUGAGCCAGAAAUAUGGAAAUUGCCCAUUUUGAAAUUUUUUACAUAUAUAAUUUUUAGAUGAGAAAAUACUACUAGGAGAAUAGCCUUGUGCUAUUCUAGUAUACGAUUAUCUGUACUAGUUUGGGGCUUCCUUAUUUCAUAGAGAUAAUAAUAAGAUAUAAUAUACUUAUCUAUCUAUAUCACAGUAGAUGGAGCUCUUUAGUAUGGUUUUCUUUUUCUUUUAUUAGAGGGGGCUUGAUGUGAUUAUCUGUAAACUCUUCCAUCAAACAGGAUAACUGGCAACUAAGUACAAUAAACCAGGAGGAAUUGUAUAGGUGAUUGUUUUCAUGCUUGAUUAUGUAUUUAUCAUAUACAAGUACAUAAAGUUUUAUACUUUUAUCUAGCAAAUUGAUUUACCUAGGAGGAAUUCUUUCUUUCAAAAAUAGACAUAGAUAACAUAAUUAUGUUUAAGUCUCAAUGAUAUUUUAACUGUUCUAGAAAUUAGCACAGUAACAAACAGCAAGAUACUUAAAGUGAGUUUGAUGCAACGGUUGUCAAUAAAUUAAAGAAUGGCCAUUUAGGUGUUUUCAAUGGCACUUAUAAGAAUAAAUUCUAAUGCCUGCCAAGUGAUAGACUAAAAGGUCACUAGCAACCUUUCAUAUAGCCCUUAAUUUUAACCUUAAUUCCUACAUGAAUCAAUGUAAUAAAAUGAAAGGGAAUAAAUUCUCAUAACUUGUCCAGACAUUUCAGUGUUGUUUAAAGUAUACAACAAGGAAUACUUUUUAUCCAAUGAUAGUUUCAAUCCCUUUACCCGUAAUUUGGUUUGAAAUGAAUGAGACCACAUCCCAUUCCAUGAAACACUGUUCCAGGGAAAGGUGGAGAAAAUAAUUGGAGGUGAAAUUUCCUUAGAGAAAGAAAUUUUGCUAUUAUUUGUGCAAUUAAAUUAUCCCAAUGGUAGAUGAUGAUAAUAUUCACCACCCCUAAUCCACUGGUCACUGGCAGACAAACAUGAAUCAAAGUCAAGAAAAGAAAAUAUAUUUUGCUACAUAUAAAUUGAUAUUUUGAUAUGAAUCUUUGGCCUAUAAUUGAAUUCAUGCACUGCAGGCAUUUUCUAAUUUGUUAGAGAUUAUGGACCAUGGAUGACAUUAAAAUCAUUAUGGUUAAUCGAUA